UGGCGAAAUAGCAGUUGGCUGCAAACGGGAAGGCGUUCCUCUGGGUAGGCAGCGCGGAAGAAGUCAUCUCCGUAAGCGGGACCUGCGCUGUCGCUCUAUAAAGAGCUUGCCCUCACUGUAAACUCCUCACUCGACUCACAGCCACCAAAGCGGCUCAGACCGGUCAAGUUGGCGACACCAACGCUGCUAAACAACACCAAAGCCGCAAGAUGUCGACCGACUUGUACUCAGAAUCUCGCCGGGUCUGCCCUUCGAUCCACGGCAACAAGUUUGACACGGCGAACCGCAAGCGAGCGGUGGCCAACAUCUUCGAGAACGUCAACCAGGACGCGCUCAUGAGACUCUUCCAGAAAACUGGGGACAUGAAAGCCGACGAGAGAGUGAGAAGCAUCUUCUCCUUCGCGCACGACCCCGAAGAGACGGCCAAAGCUCUGAUGGCCCUCAAGCAGAGGAAGAAGGACAAGUUCCUCCGGAUCGCGGGGAUGGUGCGACACUUUCUGAAGCUGCGUUGAGCGUCUUCACGCGUUGACCCGCGGCUUGCAUGGUCGUUCAUUUUAGACUGCCGGUGACAUUUACAACCUGGCGAUAACAGACACGUCCAUAGUGGUCGAGAAGGAACCACACCGAGAUGAAGGAAAGCCUCGUAAAUGACACGAGCCCUUUCAUGAAGGAUGGGACGCACGGGAGCUGGAGCUGUGGAGGCGCUCAGUGUGAAGGAAUCCCGCGGCGCGAGCACGCCGAGCCCCUCGUGCAUCAUAACGUGAAAUACAUGUCUCGUGAACUCUAUGCAUUUUAAAAAUGGACUUUAUCACGAACUUCUGCACCUUAUAGGUGUACUUGUUGGUGCACAAGAACUAUGACUGGAGACAGAAGUUAUAUUGCCUGAAAACUGCCUAUAAACAUUAUGCCUUGUCUCUAUGCCAGUUUAAUAUUGUGAUAUGUGUUAACACUCAACGGCCACUUAUUUAUUCGUCACAAUGUUAUAACACCAGUUAUGCAUUUUUCACAAUAUUAUUUUUCAUUGUUUGUAUAAUAAAUUAUUAACUAAA